AUGACCCUUCUAGCGCCCAAUUUGUCGGCCCUCGUUGGCACUCGAGUUGCGACCAAGCUAAUUGGCGUAACGGGAGGCCUGUCGUCUUUCUCCAAAAUCCCAUCGUGCAAUAUCCACUUGCUAGGCGCGUCAAAAACAGGCACGUCUGGCCUUUCUUCCAUUCAUGGUGGCUCAACCCGAUUCUCGGGGUACUUGGCCCAAUGCAGUCUCGUUGCCCAGACGCCAGAAGAGUAUCGGAUGCAAGCACUACGUAUGGUUAGUGCAAAAGCCUCAUUGGCAGCGCGCAUGGACUUGAAUAGCAGCUCAGCACAUACAGCAACCGGUCAGUACGGCGCAUCUUUGUCGGAGGAAAUUUCACGCAAAAUCGAGAAGCUCAUGGAGCCGCCGCCUGCGAAGCUCAUCAAAGCACUACCUGUACCGAGUGAAGGAGGACGGAAGCAGCGACGAGGUGGGCGUCGCGCCCGCAAAUUCCGCGAAAUGCAUGGUCUAACGGAGAUGCGGAAGAUGCAGAACCGUGUGGAGUUUGGCAAGGAAGAAGAAGAAGCAGGCGCGUUUGAUGAGACAAUGGGGCUAGGUAUGAUCCAUACAAAGGCGAGUGGGAAGGUGCGCGCAACGAUGGCGAAUGCAUCGUCAAAGGCUCGGAUGUCCAAGGCAAAUAAAGAGCGACUGGCUACACUCAAUCGUCCAACACUGUCCUUGCAGAAUUCUGCACCGUCACUGUCAUCUACAUCCGGCACGGCCUCGUCGUUGUCAUUUACGCCAGUCCAAGGUAUUGAACUCGUCGAUCCAUCUCGACAAAAGAAGGCGGAGGAAGCAAACUCGAAAUGGUUCCGAGAGGGCCAGUUUUCCCUCCUGCCAGAUGCGGGGAAAUCCACCACAACCACGACCAUCCCCCAAAAGCGUGGUGCAUCUGGUAUGCCACCACCUCCGCCACCACCUGGUCGUCCCUCCCGGGCAUGA